AUGGCAACCAAGCCCCAGCCCAUCGCUGCCGCCAACUGGAAGUGCAACGGCACGCAGGAGUCCCUCGCGACGCUGAUUGACACCUUCAACGCCGCUAAGAUCGACCACGACGUGCAGUGCGUCGUGGCGCCAACGUUCCUGCACAUCCCCAUGACGAAGUCGCGGCUCACGCACCCGAAGUUCGAGCUCGCCGCGCAGAACGCCAUCGUGAAGAGCGGUGCCUUCACCGGCGAGGUGUCGCUGCAGAUCCUCAAGGACUUCGGCCUCCGCUGGCUCGUGCUCGGCCACUCCGAGCGCCGCGCGUACUACGGCGAGACGAACGAGGUCGUCGCGACAAAGGUCGCGGAGGCGAAUGCCGCUGGCUUCUACGUCAUCGCGUGUGUUGGUGAGACGCUCGAGGAGCGCGACGCGGGCCGUACAGCGACCGUCGUAUUGGCGCAGCUCGCCGCCAUCGCGCAGCGCCUUAGCAAGGAGGCCUGGCAGCGCAUCGUCAUUGCAUACGAGCCGGUGUGGGCCAUCGGCACCGGCAAGGUGGCGACGCCGCAGCAGGCGCAGGAGGUGCACGCGCUGCUUCGCCGCUGGGUGCAGAGCAAGCUGGGCGCCGAGAUCGCCGCGCAGCUCCGCAUCCUCUACGGCGGCAGCGUCAACGGCAAGAACGCACGCACGCUGUACGAGAUGGCUGACAUCAACGGCUUCCUCGUUGGCGGCGCAUCGCUCAAGCCGGAGUUCGUGGAUAUCAUCGAGGCCACCAAGUAA